AUGGUUUCAUCUUCUUCUUCUAUGGAAGUCAAGAUAAUCUCAGAAUGCUUCAUCAAACCCAAAACCAUUAUAUCACAACAGCCAUACCAUUUAUCAGCACUGGAUCAUAUGAUACUCCCAUUCCAAUACAUCCAAAAGGGUCUUCUUUUCCUCAAACCAUCUGAAUCUUACGAUCAGGUCAAACCAAAACAUUUUGUGGAGACUUUGCUGCUGCAAAGGCUUAAAGAUUCUCUAGCAACAACACUUGUCCACUUCUACCCUCUCGCUGGUCGCCUCUCGACCUUAAACACCGACAAUACAAGAUCUCACUCGGUGUUUGUGGACUGUAAUAGUAGUCCUGGAGCUCGUUUCAUCCAUGCCAAAACAGAUCUAACUGUAGCAGACAUUGUUGGGUCUAAAUACGUUCAUUCUGUUGUUCAAUCUUUCUUUGAUCAUGACAAAGCAGUGAAUCUUGAUGGUACAACCAUUAGUCUCUUAUCAGUCAAGGUAACAGAACUGGUAGAUGGAGUGUUCAUAGGAUUGUCUAUGAAUCAUGCAGUUGGAGAUGGAAGUUCCUUCUGGAACUUCUUCAACUCUUGGUCCGACAUCUUCAACUCACAACAAGAAGAAGAAGAAACCAUUGAUAACAACAAGUUAUGUUGUCUCAAAAACCCUCCAAGCUUUCGUGAAAUGACCGGUCCUAUGUGUAUGCUUCCUUACAGUCCACUUGAUGAGUCCAUUAGUAGUCAAUCCGAAUCUCCGGUUUUAAAAGAGAGAAUGUUCCAUUUCUCAUCAGAGACAGUGAGAUCAGUCAAAUCAAAGGCCAAUCAAGAUUGCAGAACAACAACAACAACAAUGAUCUCUUCUUUGCAGUCAUUAACCGCGUUGAUAUGGAGGAGCAUUACAAGAGCAAGAAAAUUACGUAAUGAUCAAGAAACCACUUGCAGGUUUGCUGCUGGCAAUAGAUCAAGAGUGAGUCCACCAUUGCCAAUGAAUCACUUUGGGGUUUACAUAUCUCUUGCAAGUACCACUGUGAAAACUUGUAAUCUAUUGGAGAAUGGGUUAGGAUGGGCUGCUUUAAAGCUGCAUCAAGCUGUAAUCGAACACAAUGGCGAGAAGAUAGCUUCCAGAAUGAAUACAUGGUUGAAGUCUCUUUCUGUUUUGCAACCAGUGCUAGUUUCAGAACCGCACCUUGUUCAUAUGGGAAGCUCACCGAGGUUUGACAAGUACGGAAGCGAGUUUGGGAUGGGGAAAGCUGUUGCGGUUAGAAGCGGUUAUAACGGUAAGCAUGAUGGGAAGGUAUCAGCUUACCCUGGGAGAGAAGGAGGAGGAAGCAUUGAUUUGGAGGUCUGUCUUUUGCCAGAGUUUAUGGAAGCUUUAGAAUCUGAUCAAGAGUUCAUGUCUCUGGUCUCGUCUUCUCAGACACAGAACUAG